AUGACAUUCUUCCACUUUGUCAACUGCCUAGUCCUGGCUUAUGGACCUUAUGUUAUCGCAUAUAAAUAUUCCGGAUUGUCUGAAUAUAGUUCUCUGUGGAAGUGUGCGCAAGCUUCAGUUGCAUAUUUUAUUACGCAACUUGGAAAAAUGUUAAUAUUAGCAACAUUCUUUCCUGCCAACGAAUCUGAAAACUUUGAACUUUUCCCUGAGUUUUUGAAAAACAGUGCUGAUGUUUUUGAUGUGAUUGGAUUGCACAUUGUAAUUAACUAUUUAGUAGCAGGGAAAAGUGAGGUUCGUUUUAUGACUGCAGGUCUAGGUUGGGCCUUCGCACACAGUGUUGCAACUCGAUUUCUUGGCUUUUGGGUUGGUGCACGCGGUACAGCCUUUCAUUGGAAGUUUAUGCAAAUGGCUUUUGAAUCCAAUAUCGACUUAAUAUUUUAUAUAGGUAAUUUUAGCUAUUAAGU